AUGCCUAUCGCCUCCGCCACGAACCACGGCCGGGUGGCAGCCGUCGUCACCGGCCUUCUGUUUCUGGCCGUCACCAUGCAUCAGCACGUCGCAGGAGCUGCACCCGCUGUUCCCGUUCACCAUGUCGUCGGAGGUGACCCGGGCUGGGACGUGGCCUCCGACGUCCUUGCCUGGUCUACCGACAGGCACUUCGCCGUCGGCGACUCCCUCUGGUUCGCGCACGAGGCGACGGACGGCGGCGUCGCGGAGGUCGGAGGCGAAGCGGAGUUCGCGGCAUGCGAGGUCGGCAACCCCAUCAGGAUGUACACGGACGGGCUCAGCAGGGUAGGCCUGGACGACGAAGGCGCGAGGUAUUUUGUCGGCGCCGACCCGGCCAAGUGCAGGAGCGGGCUGAAGCUGCACGUCGACGUGGGUGCUGCGGUGUCUGCCGGCGCGUCCCCGCGGACGGAGGAAGAUGGAGCUGCUGCGACGGCGCCCGCGCCGUCGGCGUCGAGCGGCUCCCCAGGUGUUGCAGUGGCACCGCUGGUGCGCGCAGCAUUGUGCUUGGUCUUUGUGUGGGGUCUUAUGAACCUAGGUGCAUGA